AUGGUCAGGUCCAACCAGACCUCCCCUGUGAUGGGGUUCAUUCUCCUGGGACUCUCUGCCCACCCAAAGCUGGAGAAAACGUUCUUUGCGCUCAUUCUGUCAAUGUACCUGGUGGUCCUGCUGGGCAACGGGGUCCUCAUCCUGGUGACCAUCCUUGACUCCCACCUGCACACGCCCAUGUAUUUCUUCCUGGGGAACCUCUCCUUCCUGGACAUCUGCUACACAACCUCCUCAGUCCCCCUUAUCCUUGACAGCUUCCUGACCCCCAGGAAAACCAUCUCCUUCUCAGCCUGUGCUGUGCAAAUGUUCCUCUCCUUUGCCAUGGGGGCCACAGAGUGUGUGCUCCUGAGCAUGAUGGCAUUUGAUCGCUAUGUGGCCAUCUGCAACCCCCUUAGGUAUCCAGAGGUCAUGAGCAAGGCUGCCUAUGUGCCCAUGGCUGCUGGAACCUGGGUGGCUGGAAGCAUCACUGCCAUGGUGCAGACAUCCCUAGCAAUGCGACUGCCAUUCUGUGGGGACAAUGUCAUCAACCACUUCACCUGUGAGAUCCUGGCUGUCCUUAAAUUGGCCUGUGCUGACAUCUCUGUCAAUGUGAUCAGCAUGGCAGUGGCAAAUGUGAUCUUUCUAGGGGUCCCAGUCCUGUUCAUUUCUUUCUCCUAUGUGUUCAUCAUUGCCACCAUCCUGAGGAUCCCCUCGGCUGAGGGGAGGAAAAAGGCCUUCUCCACCUGCUCUGCCCACCUCACAGUCGUGGUUGUCUUCUACGGGACCAUCCUCUUCAUGUAUGGAAAGCCCAAGUCUAAGGACUCGCUGGGGGCAGACAAGCAGGACCUUGCAGACAAGCUCAUCUCCCUCUUCUAUGGGGUGGUGACCCCUAUGCUGAACCCCAUCAUCUACAGCCUGAGGAACAAGGACGUGAAGGCCGCUGUGAGGCACCUGGUAUUUCAGAGACGCUUCACCCAGUGA